AUGUCGCUAUAUCGUCUUGUUUAUGGCAAGGCAUGCCAUCUCCCUGUUGAGUUAGAGCACAAGGCUUGGUGGGCAAUCAAGACCUAUAAUUUUGACAUAAAAUCUGCAGGAUCCCACAGAAGGUUACAAUUGAGCGAGCUUGAAGAGCUGCGUAAUGAUGCUUACGAGGGUGCCCGAAUGUAUAAGGAAAGAACGAAAGCAUUUCAUGAUAAACACAUCCAGCCUAAGACUUUCAUUCAAGAUCAAAAAGUAUGGCUUUACAAUUCUAGACUUAGCCUGUUUCUUGGUAAGCUCCAUUUGAGAUGGGAUGGGCCCUUUAUAGUCACAUCUGUAUCCCCUCACGGAGCUGUUGAGUUAAAGGAUCCCAAAACUGGCCAAUUUUUUAAGGUUAACGGUCAGAGAUUAAAACCCUACAUUCAGGGCAUUGAGCAUAACGAAGAUGUGGAUUCCGUUGAUCUAACGGAUCCCAUCUACUUUUCAUAA